AGUUGGCUGCAAUGACUGUUGACGAAUGUACUGGCUUCCUUCCCUUGGAAGUAUUACAAAUUGUUGGUGAAUAUUUAGGAUAUGAUGAUCCCAGAAGUUACAUCCCAUUGACAAAAGUUUCUAAAUUAUUCAACUAUGCUUUUCGUCCAUAUAUAUUUAGAGAUAUUUGGAUUUUCGUUGCAGCUGAUAACUAUUUCCACGAUUGUUCGUUAUAUGAUGUCAAGGAAGUAUGGUUAGAUCAAGCUCCAGUAAAAUAUCAUCAGAGAACUUUAGUAACAAAUUUAAACAAGUUUGUUCAAUUAAUUGAUGUUUUAACUGAAAAUCCAGAAUUUAUAAAGAUGAUUGAGCAUUUCCAUGUCACUGCAUUAUGCUUUGACCCAAAGGAACGAACCACUUCAUUGGUUGUGACUGACAUGAUGGAGAAAGCUAAAGAGCAAGAACAUGAUUCAAAUUUGGAAUUGGUGUUCAAAAAAUCACCAUAUAAAUUCUUUACAAGUAAAGACCAUUCUGAAUAUAUCAAAUUGGGGAUAUUUGAAACGUCAAUGAUUCAGUUCUUCACAUCAACUGAAAGAACCUCAAAUAUCAAAAGUUAUACCAAUACGCAAAAAAGAGUUGUUGAUAGUAGAGAACUUUAUGAGGCUAUUUGUGGUCCUUCAAAUACUUAUUUUUUCAACACAGACAAGGGUCUAAUGGCUGAUACAUUGUUUUGUCAAAUUGAUUUUCAUACCGAUGGAUUAGUGAGUGAAGGUUAUGUGAAGGCUCUUGAGAAGACUAUAGAGCUCAUGUCUUCUCAUGAAUUUAAAACAACUUCUAUGGAGGUUUUGAAUUUUGUCAACUGCCUGUCUGCCACCAAUCCAAACUUUGGCCAUGUUCCACGUACUCGCCAGAAUCCUCCUUUAAGAAAUUCACAGGUUCUCCAUUUGACAUUCAACUAUUACUUUAUCACUCCUAAAAUUCAAUAG